AUGGUAUUUCUGCUCUUAUUUCAGCUGAGUUCCCUAUGUAUUGGUCUUUUGAGAAGAACUUGAACUCCUACGCCAACAGGGCUUUUGCCGCCAACGAACCAGUGGGCUCCGUUGGUUUGCAUGGGGAUGGCUGUGUGGAAUUCAACGGAACAGGCGGUCUACAAAUCCCAUACUUCAAGAACGGACGUAACAGGGAAAAUUGGGUAGUUGGAGUUGUCUUCAACAGAGAUGUGAGCCAAGACUCUGUCAUUCUCUACAAGACUCCUUCUAUCUUCAUAAACGGUGAUGUGAUCUCUGCCUCUGCAUCGGUCAUGGAUUACUUCGGCAACAAGACCACCCUGGAAGUCUCAGUCACCGCACCUGGGGCAGGAUUCUUGGCCGUGGUUCUGAGGUUUGACGGCACCACUCUUACCCUGAGCGUAUAUGAUGAAAGCGGAAACUUAUACCAGGACUCUGUUAAUGCCCCAGGAGAAGCCGCCAUUCCAUGGGCUAUCUUUUACCCCCCACAGGAGCCUCUAUUCGUCGGUCACGUACCCGCCGAUGCUAACCCACCACCAGGUCUUCCAGGAAGCUAUUCUGGCAAAAUCUGUAUGCUCUACUUCACCGACGAAUUGUCUGACGAUGACAUAGGCGAUAUCCUCGGUCUCUAUUCCGGACCAGGAAACUUUCUUCCAUAAUAAUGGCCGACGCUAAUCACAAAGGACCGCAAGCAGGACGAGAAGCGGAGAUAAUCUCAUUUCGCAGAAACAAAAACACCCGAGAACAUAUAUAUAUAUAUAUAUAUAUAUAUAUAUAUUUAUAUGUGCAUUGCAUCUUAUAUUAUAGGAGUCUUUAAGUUCCAAUGAUGAUUUUUUGAUAAUCGGAUGUUGAAGUGGAUUCCAUAAGUUACUGUGUGAUUGUUUGAUGCGUUUCUUGUUGCUGGAAUGAUUUGAUUUUACGGUUAUGAUGUCUUAAUUUAUUAACGUAAUGUUCCCGUAGUUCCAUAGACAAUUCCUGUAUUAAAGGAAAACAUUAAUAAACUUCAGAAGCAUGUCAAAA